AUGUUCUCCAGACCAUUAUACUCAGCUGCCUUCCGGCAAGCAGCCCGGCCGAUGGCCCGCCAAGUCAUAAACAACCGCCCGACCCCCUUCCUCUCAGCCUUCCAGCAACGACUGCUGUCCGACCAAACAAAGAAGGCGAUCGAAAGUGCCGUCGCCUCGGCACCCGUUGUCCUGUUCAUGAAGGGUACACCCGAGACGCCGCAGUGCGGGUUCUCGAGGGCGAGCAUUCAGAUCCUGGGCCUACAGGGCGUGGACCCGGCCAAGUUCUCUGCCUUUAAUGUGUUGGAGGACGAGGAUCUUCGAUCAGGUAUCAAGGAGUUCUCCGACUGGCCCACCAUCCCCCAGCUCUACCUCGACAAGGAAUUCGUUGGCGGAUGCGACAUCCUCGUCUCCAUGCACCAGGACGGCUCGCUUGCCAAGAUGCUCGAAGAGAAGAAGGUGUUGGCUCCGAUAGACGGAUCAGGAUCGGAGUCCGCUUCGCAGUAG